CGACUCGAAUGGACGGAAUUUUCGUGCAAAGGUGAAUCGAAAAUGGUCAGCUUGGUUUCGGUACAGGAAGAUUUAGCUGCUGACCGGCGUUUGGAAGCGGAUGAAGGCUUUCGGAUCGUGUGGUCGCAAUUUGGGCCGGCUGAAACGUGCCGGCAGAUUGUGCUCUCAGGAUCGGUUCCCUUGUAUCGGUUGAUGGUGGAUUUGGAGUUGUGCAAUGAAUGGGACCUGUUUCGUCAUUGUUCGAAUGCAUACGUUGAGUUGGAGACUCGAGGCGUCAUGGUUUUUGAGGACUUGAAGUUGCAUCUGUUGCAUCAGUUUUCGGAGUACGGUUUGAGGAAGCUGUGUGGAGAUCCGGCUGUAAAGAGACCAGCUUCAUAUUGGCAGGAGUCGGUUUGUCUGGUGAGGCAGUUGGUCCAGGAGCUGAGAAACCGGAAAGGUUGUUUCGAGUUUUUGGAUCUUGACGAUCAAGUGAUGUUACGAUUGAGAUUGAUACACAAUCAUUUGUACUUCAUUAAAGAUCACGGUAUGUUCAAACGGCUGCCAUUGCGCGAGAUGAUCUUUUGCGUAGCCAUUUUCAUCGAAAUUCAUGAGGACAUAGAAGGAGGAGAGGUCUACAGAGCUGUGAUAAACAAACGUAACUUGAUGGUGUUCCUGAUCUCGAUCAGUUCACAGUUGAAUAGUGUAGCAAAGGGAACCGAGAGAAAGAAAGCGUGCGUGAAUAAAAAACUUAUCAAAACAUUCCGUCGUUUGAAGCAGAUUCAUUCGAUAUUCAAAGUGAUGCGUAAUUGUGUCAUACAUGGUGAACUCUCAGCUGCAGAUUAUGAGAAAGAGAACGCAUCCAUCACGAUUGCUGCCAUUCGAAGGUUCAUGCAGAUUUUCGGGGAAUCCAUCAAAAGUACUGCUGAUACUCCAAAUUUCACCGCCAGAUUGAACAACAUGCUUCAAAAGUUAAUGUCUGACAGUGUCAUUUUUAGCUCCAAAUAUCGCAACAUGUCCAGCCAUGGAUUCCCACUUUCCCUUUUGUUCAUCAGAGAAGUAGAUCAACACUACAUCUACAAACGGUUGGAUCAUUAUCUGAUGGUAACGGCAGUAACUUUUGCGGUCAUCAGCGUCUUCAUUCUGAACGAUGUGAUCUUCAACUUGUACGGCACAAUGCGACGCUGUCGAUCGAUCGAAGAUUUGCGCGCCUUCGUCAAGUACGCCGGCAGUGAUGCCAUCGCAGAUCUCCACGAGAAAUUGUUUCAGUCGAUAGGAAACCACCUGAAAAACGUUGAGGCCAAUCUCAAGAAAGAGGAGUUGAAUCGGAAGGACGAUCCGGAGCUGGCCCUGCAAUGGGAAAGCUACCAUCAGAAGAGUGGAAUGUUGGACAAUCUCAAAAAACAAGUACAAGAAACAUCUACGUGCUCAAUCUUUAUUGCCAUUUUCGCGAAUUUACCGCUGGAAACGAUCCAUCGACUGAUUGAUAGCAAGAUUGUAAACGGUAUGAGUCUGAUCAGCUACUAUCAGAUCUGUAAGGAUUGGGCCAUAGCUGACAAAGGCGGAAAUAUCUCCCAAGAACAGCGAACCAUCCGGAUGCAUUUGUUCGUACAACGGGAUCUGGAGCUGAACCACGAGAAGAUUGAACUGUGGAGAUACCGGGAGAGAACCCGCGAGAUACUCGAGCAUUUUACAAAGGAUUCCCUUCUUGAUCGCGCAACUCUCAUCAAACUUGAGGACGAUCUUCACUCAGCCCUUUCCAAUACCGGGAAGCCCUACUAUCAGAAUAUCUUCUCACUCGACUCCAAACAACAGGCCAUCUGCGGGGUGUUGAAGAAACAUUUCAAAGGGGAUGAGCUGCGUCGUUUCAAGAAACGAAUGGAAGAGCUGCGAUCGUCCGACGAACGGGAGCUCCGGGAAGUGUUCCAACGCUACGUGGUGAACUUGCAAAAGCUCUUCACUUACUACGGUUGUGAUACCUUGGAAAACUUAAUAUUAAAUCACAAAACAAUACCUCGUAAGGGAUACCUUGCAAUUCAAUACUGGCAAUUGGUGAUCCUGGAAGUAUUGAUCAGCACCGGAUACUUCGGUGACAAUUUCAGCACCCUCAAAGCCUCAAUACCAAUGAUCUGGGGUAAGACGUACCGAAACUACCUGGCUCACGAUACCCUGUCCUACGAUCUCUUGACUAUGUCGUCGCAGGAAAAUGUUAUCAUCAACGGCUUUGUUUUGGCUUGGAGCUUAGAUCGGAUGAACAUCUUUUGCAACAGUCCCAAGUUUGAUCUACAAGGUUUCGUCGAAUUGGAGCGUGAAGGGUUCAACUGGGUAACCGUUCAAAAUGGGUUACUGGAGUCCUGGAAAAGUUUGAACUAUGAGUCCGUAGGUUCUUAUCUCGAGCAGCAGGGAGAUAACACUUGCCGGGUAUUAUACGAUUUGGGAGGCCUAUUUCGCGUGAAAAAAUAUACCAUGUCGGACAUUUUGCUCAACCAUUUCUACCACAACAAAAACUUCGAACAGGUACUUCCGGAACUCAUUCAGGUUUUCCCUACGUUGCAAGCCGACUACGAUUGCGAAGAGUACAACAUUGUUACAGGAUUAAAUAAGCGUCAAUUUUCGGAUCUCCUUAUGCCAAAGGCGUUGAAGCUGUUUCAGAAAGCGCAACCGGAGCUGUAUAUGCCCUGCGUUGGAUCAAUUUUAGAGUUCUACCAAACUGUUGAGGAUUAUGACGCAGCGCGCGAACUUUUGAAAGAUUGUAAGCCGUUACUAACAACUGACUGCGCACACCAACUGCUGCUAAUCGCCUUCCACCCUGCCGAAGAUCGACAAAAACAGCUGAGGACAGCACUUGGAUACAGCGAAUGUGUUUUGCUCCCUACGGAUUACGCCAAAUUUUACACCAUAAACGCUCCAUCAAUCAGUGAAGACUUCCUUAAAACGAUAGAGUUCCGUAACCAAAAACUUUUUGAUCGCCUACUUGACAACUACCACAGCUCACUCUCCCAAGAUGAUUUGAACGAGGCGGUCGUCCUGUGUAGCUACAUGAAAAGACCCAAAAUGCUCCAAAGGUUGUUGGAAAAAGCUGAAUUACGUUUCACAGUAGCAGCGCUAUCGAGGCCUCUUGGGGGAAUCGUUGAACUGAGACGAUGGCCACUGGUUCACCUUCUCAUGGAUCACGGAGCCGAUCCCUGGAGCUUUGAUGAUGAGUUGACCAAAUCCCUGGCUUCCCAGCAUAAUCACAAAUUGAUGCGCAGGAUGUUGCGUUCGAUUCCCCCGGCAGUUGGCGACGAACUUCGGUUCGGCAUCUUCCAGUGGGUUGUUCGCUAUUCAACGCUAGGUAUGGUUAAGAUUUUUAGUACCGGGCUUCGGAUUAAACUCUGGGAAACUCAAGGAUUGCUGAAAACGGCGGUGGAAAAUGCAAAUCACUGGGAAGUUUACAGAUAUUUAGAGGAUCAAAUUUUUAAGGCCGUUGAACUCUGUUCCGGGGAUCGAGAGAUUAAUGUUUGGAGAAAGCUUCUCCAAGAGAUUCGCGUUCUACGUUAUUUGCAAAAGGAGGAGUUCAUUCCGUUUGCCGUUGGCAAACGACAAGCAGCAGUUGUAGGACUUUUGAAACGAAUAUCUGAUUUUUGGAAAUUAGGUGGAUCUAAAGUGGUUCAGAACUUUAAAUUUCUCGAUUCUAACGAGUGGCUUCAGCUGGAGACCACGGGUGCCAAUUUUGAUUGCUUUUCAGAUAAAGUUAUAGCUCUUCUAGAUGAUUUGGAAAACUUUCCGGAGAAAUUAGUCAAAGCUGAAUGUUUGUUGAUGUGUAGACCUCAAAAUAGUACGUGUGAGAUUCCAGUAAUAUUGAAACUUCGAUCCUCUAACAUUAUUAUUAUGAACAAUCAGGAGGUGCACCUGUUAGAAGAAGUAUCACCAAUAACAAUUGGUAAUCUAAUUCUUAGAGCGACCGAAGCAAUUCCUUCUUCGAUCACAACCGGAUCGUUUUCAAUAAACACUGAUCUGUUCCACUUUGUGACAACAAACAAUCGAUUAAUGAUCACCCACGAAAGCUCUCUACACAACCUGAACGCAAACUUCCUAUUCAAAGCGCCCAAACAACCAGACAUAUUCCACACACUGCCUCCAAACGCUUUCCCAGAAAUGGUGGACCUUAUGUUCAAAUUUGGGGCAGACCCACCGAUGGUGAACGCCAAAGGAAUUUCACUCUUUAUACCGCUAAUGACACGCCGCGUGCAGAAUAGCAUCAUCAAAAGAAUCUACCAGCACUGCCAGGAAACGGGAAAAACUCAUCUUCCGAAUGGAACCCACAUCUUCAACUACCAGAUCGUUCAUCGAGGCCAAGCCUUCACCGUCCUGCUGAAUGCCGUCGGAGCUAACAACUACGAUCUAGUUAAAUUCUUUCUAGAAAACGGAGCCGAUCCAACGGUGGCUCACGAUCGAGGCAAAGCGGCACUGCUCCAGCAUGCAGUCUUCCUGCGAAAUGUUCCGAUUGUGAAGUUGAUCCUGAACCAUGAUCCAACACUAAUCAACCAAAGUGCACACGAUGCCAAGAACUACACCGUAAUACAGGAAGCUAUCGUUAACAACCACGAGUAUCUGGUGCGGUACCUGUUGGAUCAGGGAGCUCAAUUGACUAAUUUCCGGAACCAUCUGGGCUUCACCCCGCUGGGUUGCGGCAUUCAGUGUGACAGUGUUGAAGCUGUUAGUGUUCUUAUGGACAACGUGGUGGAUCGAGAGCUUUACGAUGCGUUGGAACGGGUGGAUGGGGAGGGUCGCAGCGCUUUGGAACUUGCUCAGAAGAAGGGAAAUCCUGCGAUUAUUGAACCAGUUGUUUCCUGUUAUAUGAGGUUGGCUUCCUUACAGUUACAAAGGUUGUGCAUUAAGUACAAUGUUUAACGUGAGAUGUUUGUGACCUAGAAAAGCAUUUAUUAGGAAAAAUAAAGUUUUUAUUUACGAAAUGGUUCGCCUUUUGCUCAAGCAGCCCUUCGC